AUGGCUUCUUUUGGCGUUCGUGGCAUGAGUCAAAAUUUUGGCAUUAAAAUUUGUUGCUGCCGUGUUUGUACUUGUAUAAAUUUCGGUUUUGUUACUUCGCGUGCUGGUUUAUUAAAGGUCUUGCAAUUGGGUUUGGCCUCAUUGUGCGAAGGUCUUUUGAUUAAUUAUGGUGUUCCGGCGGCGGAUACAAUUGGUCAAGCUUUGACUAGUUUCCUAACUACAACAGCGUAUUGUUUUACCACCACCGCCAUUUUGAUGAUUUGUUAUUGUUUUUCAGAUAAAUCGUAUAGCCUGAUACGACAGUCGUUAUUUGAAACCCUUUUCAAUGGCGUCGCAUGCAGCAUGUAUUUCAGUGCCUCCAGUUAUAUGGGUUUUGCCUGUGUGGUAUGGCUACAUCCGCAAUUUUUAAUUAAACCAGGCUUUUGGGCCUAUCCAGCUAUGACGGCGGCUUAUUACAUGGGCUAUGCAGCGGGAAUUUUACACGGCAUUGAUGCGUUUUUGGCUUUUAAACAUUACAAAGGAUUUCGCUAAUAUUUCUUAAAAAACAAAAACCACAUCGUUUAACCAUUUUAGUUAUAAAAAAAGUAAUAGUAACA